ACAGUAGCGUUGUACUGUACGUUAGUGUCCGUUGUGACCGAGCUCUACGUGUCCUGGUGCCGUCACAGUUACGCACGGAGCCGAGCCGCGCUGCUAUUGGAAAAUAUUUCCGGUGCCGUCGGGUCCCUCCCAUCCGCCUCGCUCCAUCCCGUCACACAGAGGUUGCUCCGGCCGUGAUAACGCUGGCAAAUAUCGCAGCCUGGUCACCGCGCGUGUUCGGCCUUUGAAGCGCCGCCGUCAGAGCCGCGCGGCGGCGGAGCGAGCGCCGCGAGCGCGCGAGCGGCUCCGGGCUUUUCCAGGCUCGCUGUGGAGGCUGCGGAACGGGACGGAGGAGCGUCGGCCGAGCUCGAGCCGCUUCACCGGGAUGCUGCCGUGCCUGCAGAGGGUCCUGCGACCCGCCCUCUCCCUGAGAGCCGGCCCGAGGCUGCCCAAAGCCGGCCCGGUCCAGCACGGCACGUCCGGCGCGGCCGCGGCGGUGCCGCGGUGCAACCUGGGCACGCACCCGCUGAAGGAGCCCGUGGAGCCGCUCAACUCGCCGCGGGGGGCCAAGGAGUUCAUCUACAGCCUCCAUCCGUCCGAGCGCACCUGUCUGCUGCGGGAGCUGCACAGGUUCGAGUCCAUAGCCAUUGCGCAAGGUCAGCUGGAUGUGGCACCACCUACUGCAGCGCAGCUAAGAUACGUUCUGCUGCACAACGCCCUGCCCUUCGUCGGCUUCGGAUUCCUGGACAACUGCAUCAUGAUCGUUGCUGGCACGCAGAUCGAGCUAUCGAUCGGAGUGAUCCUCGGCAUUUCAACCAUGGCAGCCGCCGCCCUCGGCAACCUGGUGUCUGACCUGGCCGGCCUCGGGCUGGCAGGUUACGUGGAGGCCCUGGCGUCUCGUCUGGGGAUGCAGAUUCCGGACCUGAGCCCCAAGCAGGCGGACAUGUGGCAGACCAGAGUCAGCUCUCACUCGGGUAAAGCCAUCGGCGUGGGCAUCGGCUGCGUCCUCGGCAUGUUCCCUCUUCUGUUCUUCAAGGACGACGAGGAGAAGAGGGAAGGCCAGAAGGAGAAGACGCCGCCGCCUCCCGCCGCCGCCGCCGAGAGCGCCAAGAACUGAGGCAGACGAAUCCUCCUCAGGAUCCGCUCCAACGGGACUCUUUCACUGGUGGGCCGCGAAUCUGUUCUGAAGAGGACGCGAGAUCGUUUGAUUGUAGACUUUGAACUGAAGCACACUGAACUGGAUCGCUGCUACUUCAAACUGUUGCACUUGUGAGCUGACCUUAUUUCGAAACAUCUCAUGUGACGCACACGUCUUUCCGUCGUCUGCGCGAGUCCGUUCCAUGAAGUAGAAACAUCUGACGCUGGUGGUGGUUGGUCAGAAAAUGAAGCGUUUUGGGAAAGAGGGUCACAUUUGCAUACUAAGACGCACCAUCACAUUAAGCGAGAUAAGAAAUGGUAAGAGCCAACCCCUGGAGACCAAUGUCCCAUUUGCCCCAGUUCCAGCUCCAGUAUUAUGAGCUUUACCUCCAGCUCUGCCUCAGCCGACCUCUACUGCCACCUACUGGUCAAAGGCCAGAGGAGGGUUUGUUUGCUAAAACGAGAUGUAACAAAAGCAUUUUCUCACCCAAUAGUGUCCUUUUAGAAAGUGUUUAUUUCCCUUGUAAUAUUUAGAUUCAUAUUUCUAGUCUAUAUUCUCUUCUUAUCACAUCGAGGAGCAACUUUAAAGCUAUUCUAUGUUACGGUCUGCUACUAAAAUCAAAACCCUGUUGAAGAUUAUUUAUUGUGUGACUGCAGUGAUACUAAACGAUCAUAACAUCAAAGGAAAUGUACAAAGAACUGAAGUUGUCUAAGUUGGUAGGACUUUCGAUCCAGUUGCUUGAUUUCUAUUGUGCAUGCACUGUUAAUUAAAAAAAUAACCAUAUUGUACAUGUUGACUUUGUAAGAAUAUAAUCAAAACAAAAGUGUAGAGUAGAUUUUAAAAUAAGGUUGAAUCACUGAAGCUAAGAUGAACAGCUGAGGCUGGAACAACACGGUAAACGUCAGAAUUCAAUUCCACUAAAAGGUAUUUUUUGGGCCGUCUACACAGCAACAAAGCACAAAUGUGCGUAACAGACAGGAAACGCUCUCUGCAGAGACGUGAACUCGUCAGGAUAGAAGACGGCGCGCUUCCUUCGACAGGAGCCCCUCUGUUUGCACUGCAUCCGUAAAUUGGCUGACUCGGCGGUUCACAGAGCUGCUUUGAAGAGCUUCCACCUUGAUGGCUUAAUUAACUGAGCAGGACUUUAUUUUGCGUCUGUGCUAUUUUUCUAUAUUUGAGGCUGAAGCCUGUUUGAACUCAGUCAUGCAUCUCUUUCCUUUAGUUUUUUUAGUUUACAGGCUGCAGUGUUGAUGUAAACCGUCUAUUUUAUUGCAUCUUUUUAUUAUCUACUUAAAGGUUUCGUGGUAACUGUAUAACCUGUAUUGUUGCUGGUGUUGGUCUGUCUGGCACUAUGGCUAUUAGAUGGUUUGCCAUCAUGAUCUACUGUAAAGCAGGUCAGGUCUAGACUGUUCAAAUAACCUGUGAAGCCUGCUUUUAUUUCAAUCUAAGCAUGGUAGCAGCAAUACUAUCAGCAAAUGUAAUGAUGCAGAGAAGAAAAUUAUGGAUUAUAAUAACUAGAAAUAGGAGAGCAGAGAAAAUAAUUAAAUGCAUCUACAGUUUCCAGUCAGUGUGACGGCUGCAUAAUGUUGGAAGAGUUUUGUUAACGUUCUCAGCUCGUGUAUUCGUUCGGUUAUGUUGGCAGCAUUUACUUCAUAGGACAAUUAUUUACUUAGCAGCAUGAAUUUAGCUUCAGGUUCACGUUUCAUCCAUUUUCACCUUCAGUGUAUGAAGACAUGCAACUGUGCUGGUAACUAUACAAAUAUAAGAAGUUAGAAUAAAGUGUUAUGAUGUCAUUUCAAAUAA